AUCAAGCAGAUCAUGCGUCCAACAGCUGCACGAUCAAAUCGAUCAUCUGUAUAUCAUCCUCGAUCAUCCCCAAUUCCAAGUCCAUCGACGACGUCCGUUUAUCAUCAGCCACAACAACAAAUUCUGUAUGCUCCUAUCAGUAAUCCAAUGGUGACUCUUCAACCAUGUGGAACAGUGCUUCAUCCUUCAUACGUUUAUCCGAGCGUUCAAUCUCACAUUGGUUCACCGAAUUCCGCUGCUUUGCAUCUUCAAGGUAAGAACAAUCGAUGGCACUCUAAGAACAAGCCAUCCCGCGGUCAACUAUACUACCAACAACAACAGCCGCUUUCUUGUAAUCCGAAACCCGUGGUGCUCCUUGACCAACCGUCUUCCAGCAUCGCUCCGAUCCCAUCGUCGACCACAUCCUACUUAGUAGCUUCGUCCACAUUCGCUCAUGCUGAACCGUUGUCCAGCCAACAUUACAACAAUUCCGGAGUAACGCAUCUGUUACCGCAAUCGUUCAACUUUAAGCCGUCAAACGUACAGACCUUCUGCCUCAUCCAAGACCGACAAAACGCCCAGCAACAGCAGCAGCAGCAUCCGAUGCAGGCUUCUUACUACAACAUCUCGGCCACAAACACCUGCAGUCUGCAAACCGUUAACGCCAACUCAUCCUUCCCUCUUCCUUCCAACAUCAAUCCUUACACCAACUUAGCUACCUUCAAUACCAAUCAGUUUCCGAUGACGGUGCGAUCCUCUCCGCUCUUCACGAAUCCGCCUGUUGGUCUAAUCCUCGCUCCAACGCGCAAGGACAACAAAUCUUUACCCGUGUUAGAUCUCUCGCCGGUCAAACACGACGCGAACAAGACACCAUCAAGCGUAUGUGAAUCUCAAGUCGUUCCUGUCACUCAUAGCGACAAUUUUAACAGCUGGCCGCCUCAGAUCGAGACGUCUGCCAAGAAUUCGUGCGAUGCGCAUACUGCGAGCAACAACAAAAGUCUCGAAUCUGCUGAUCGCGAUUCGCAAAAGCCCAUUUCCGCGAAGACAGACGAGGAACAUUAUUCGGAUGAAUCUUCGAUCAGCUUCGACUUCACCAUCGAGGCCGAGAAAAUGGUUUCCGCUCUGUGCAAUACCACAUCCUCGAACGAUUUGAAUAAGGAAGAAUCAAAACCCGAUAACAAAACUGAUUCCGCGGCGUUGUUUAGCGGUGCCGGAGACAACGUAUCUAACAGGACGAAUUGGUUCACCGAUUUCUGCUCCGAGUACGAGAAUGGAACGUCGAUAGGUGUUCAAACAGAUGCCUAUCCGAAUACCGAUAGAUCACAGUAUCCAGAGUUGAUCCGGAAGACGGCUUAUUGGGGAUGCACAGAAGCCGAGAUCGUGCUCGGCUCCAACAAUUCGCAAACGGACGACUCAAAACAAACCUGGUUAACGUGUCUGUCAUCCGCCACUAGGACGGCAAUCACCAAGUCUUCGAUAUGUAUCCCGGUCUUCGCGGGAGAUCGAGUUCUCGCCAACGAUCUUAUAAACGCGCUUCUACGUAUUAGCAACGGAUGGCUGAGUCUCGAUAAUUACUUGAACAAACAACACUUUCCCAAUUUGUUCGACAGAUUGGAGCCCGAAUUGAUCGCAUGCUUUCAUACGUGGGAAGAGAGCACAUGCCAGUUGUUGAAGCAAAUAGUCCGGACUUUUCAGAAAUUCGGAGAGAAUAAUGAAGUGACAGAUGAAAAAUACAACACGAAUUGCGAAUCGUCCUCAUUUCCAGGUGACGUGUCGCUCUACAUGAACUAUAAUCUCUUCGCUCAGCCGUCUUCGAGUUCCUUUACUCAGCAGAACACAGUUAGAAAAGCCUCUUCUCGGGAAUAUCUACCUAGUGUUACGUCGACGCCGCUGUCAACGAGUAGUCUACAUAAUUUUCAGUACACUUCUGACCAACAAGAGCAGCAAUCGGCUGCUCAGAAAGAAAGUAAAUUACGAAGCAAGUGGACGAUUACCGAGAAUUUAUCGUCGAUGAUUAAUACUACCAAGUCCGUGCCUAACGUGUAUCAUGCGACGGAUAUCGGUGGUCUGGCGAAUACCAAACUUCGUACGAAGAACGCAUCCACGUCCCGGAAGAUUGAGUCCUCUCAAAAAUCACUGAAUGCCGAGUUCUGUCAACUGAGGGAUAAAGUGAUGGUGAGCAACGUGGAUGCGGCGAAACAAGACAGAAGACAAGCCCGAAAACUAAAGUUUAGAUCGGAAACUAAACAUUCAGGGUCACAUAAUAAUACCGAUCAGUCAACGAUGAACACUCCUCCUCUAACUUACAGUGGAUUAUACGCGCAGAACUCUUCAUCCUUCACAUUUCCUUUGUCCAGUCACCCAAGCUCUUCAUCAUAUCCCGGGUCCAACCCGGGAAUCUUAACUUACAGCGGUCAUCCUUCUUCUUCGGACUAUUCUUAUCCGAUUACCGAUAUUAAUUCGAAAAGCAGUAGAAAUUCCGAGCAAAAUUACGGAAGUAAAAGCGCUAAUAUCCAUUCGGCUUACGUCGGCAGACCGCAAACCGAUCAGACAGAAUUUCCAACUGUACCCAGGAAUAAGAUGACUCUGCUCAGCCAAAUUGAGCCGAGAACGUUUGACAAGGAGUCUAAGGAAAUGGCUGCCAAUCUGUCGGCCUGGUUCGCCAGCAUGAGAAACGCGCAGCCUCCGGCGACCACGUCUACUUUCGAGGAGUUCAGGAUGAAUGAAAACUCGGAGUCGCGAUUAUUUGCCCAGCAAGAGAUGCCCAAGUUCUCGACGCAGUCCAAGCAGCCGCAGAUAGAUGCGAAUCGACAAUUUCAAGCCUUGCAGAACCUGCCGAAUAUUCAGAGCACACCAUGGGCUGCCGCUAAUUUCGUCAAUCGUCAUCAGACGACGCAACAUGCGCCGGAAGAGUACGAUAGUUCCGAGGACGUGCGGGUGUACAUGAAACCGGGAAGUUACAACGUUCCACGCAAGAGGCACCAGAGAAGAUCCAAUCGUCGACAAUCGGACAACAGCAAUGCGACGUCUCGCAACGCGAGCAGUCAUUACAAUGUAGGCAGCAAAGGGAAGAACAUAUCGAUACUCGCAUCCUCGACACCUCUGUCACAUGCAAACGCGCCGACCAUCAGUAACUCAACGCUGAUCAAGACAUCGUUUCCGCCGGCUUCGCAGUUGCCUGCUCCUCUGUUCGACCUGGAGAACUCGCCUAGGAUCUUAAAACACGCAGAAUCUUUAUCGCAGGACGCUCAUCAGGAUAUUACGUGGAAAGCUGCCUGCGCUUCGGCCGAGAUACUUCUCGAGGCUCUUAACGUAAAGGACUCCGGCAAUACGUGCAAGAAAAUUGAUUGCAAUGAUAAUAAUGAAAAAGAUGAUAAGAACAAGAAUAAUGAGACGUCACAGCAGAACGAUCUGAAGUUACUAAAGCACAAUAGCGUCGAUUAUGCCUCAUCCUAUGAAGCUUCCGAAGAUGACUCGGGGUCCACAUGUAAAUUAUCGCCCAAUACGAGUGUACUAUCAGCAUCCCAGUUGUGUGAAGAAGAGAAUGCUUUCGGCAUCAAGACCAACGUGAAGACGGACUCCUGGCUGAUCAGGACUCUCAAUAACGCGAGUAUCGUCGGCAAACAGAAGCAACAACACAAGGACGACGUAGAUCUACGAAGUUUGGAAUCUUCGAAUAGCUCGGAAAUUGCUGAUGUAAAACUAGAUCAGGUCGCAGCGUCGUCAAUUGCGGAUGCAGAUACGAAAACUCCUGUGACAGUCGUCAACAGGGAAUAUCCAGCGAUCUCCUCUCGCGAGCACAUCUCUGGUUCUUUCUCGCGAAACGACGAAACGUCGACGAAAGAAUCGGAAAGUUAUGUUGGACGAGCUACAUAUUCCGAGACGGUGCGAAGAUCCAUGAAACCGAACAAUAUUUUGGACAGAAAAGAGCCGAGUAAGUCAUCAUCGUCGACGGCUACCGUAAUACCGAUUCCUGGCCGCAAGUGUCAGAGAAAAGAUCCCGAACAAUCUUAUCAGCUUCUACACAAAUCGCGAAGAUCAGCUGAUAAGAAGACAGGGAAGAGUGCAGGCGGCAACGAUUUCCAACUGGAAGAAGGAUCGUGCGCGAAAGUCAGCGGUGCUAAGUCGAACAAUGUAAUGUCAAAAUUUCCAAUUGCCGUGAAAACGCAUGGAAAAAAAGAUUUGGAACACUCAUCGAAAGACAAGUGUACCAUUAAAUCGAGCGAUCGCGGCUGGUCGAUCUGGUACAGUUCUAGGAGAAAACAGAGCCUGAGUCCUCUUGCGCUCAGCAAGCUGGAAAUGAUUCAUCAAACUGUCUGGCAAAUGGAUGAAGCGAAGAUCUUCAAGUAUCCACUCUCCUGCGAUAAUAAGGAUGGCCAGUCUCUAUCCGCAGGAAUAAUGGAGGAUUACUGUAAGGUUGUUAAAAGCCCGAUGUUUCUCGAGAUCGUCGAGUACAAGCUGAAGAACCGGAUUUAUCAUAAAGUCGAGCACGCCGUAAAAGAUUUCCGUCGCAUUAUUCACAAUGCGAGAUUAUAUCAUCAGCAUGACGAUGAGCGAACCAAAAAGAUUGAGGUGCUCUCAAAGAAAUUGGAAGACUUGCUCGAGGAACAUUUCGACAAUUGGGAUUUUGAAAAUAUUACCGGCAGUCCAAGGGAAGAUUCAUCGGUGCAGAAAACGCGAUUGAAAACGAUCGGACAGAAACCGAACGCAGGACGUUGCGAUAGCGCAAAGAAGGGCACUUCUUCGUUGGUCAACGUGGAGAAUUCUUCGUUCCACUGACUUUUUUUCAUCUAAAUACAAACUCCAAAUCGAUCGAUUUAAAACACUAUCGCGUCGUGCUAACGAAACUAUAGCAUUAUCAUAUUACAUUGAAGUAUCGUAAUAAUUUCUUCAUCUAGUCACGAGUCAUUUUGUACGAUUAAUAAUAUCGUUUCUUUUCAUUUUCGAAAAUCGAUAACAAUAAUGUUCGAUGACUUGUAAACGCUUCGUUGAACUUUUCUGUCUCGACUUUCGAAGAGACGAUAUUCUGGACGAUUUCAUUGACUUUGAAAUGUGCGCGCGUGUAUUAUUCUGUUCAUUGAUAUAAUUCCAUCCCAUAUAACGAUAUCUUAAAAAAAACUGUAUUAAAUGUGUGAAAAUGUGUAUCGAUUGAUAUUUGAAUUUAUUCUUGUAGAAGAAAAAAAAAUAAUGCGCGAUAGUGAAAAGUACUAACAAUAAUAUAAUUUCCACGUUUUAUUAUUACGGCUUUAUUACUAAUGAAUCAUUUCGAUCUUUUAUUAACUUCGAUACUUUGGUUGAGGUAUCGUUCGAUCAGAAUAAUAUGAGAGAAUCAUGAAAUAUAAUAUAAUAUAUUAUAUUGACCAAA